AUGUCUUCAGAUUUGGAUACAUCUUUUCAACCUCAAAAUUCUUUUUCAGAUACUGAUGCAUCUCCGCAGCCUCAAAAUUCUAAUACUAUAAAAAUGAUUUCACCUGCUAAAAAUAAUGGUUAUCCAAGAAAAAGAAACAAUAAUACUAAUAUAGCUUGUCAUACAUAUAUUUAUCAAACUCAUGGUUCAACUACCAAUUUGCAUAAUUAUUUGAAAAUUCAUAGAAUUAAUAAACUUAAUUAUAAAAAUUUUCUGGAUGAACAUAAUGAACAAAUAACUCGAAAAGUUUCUGGUGCAAAAUAUCCUACUAUUAAUUUGAUCUAUUCUUAUAUGUACUUGUUAAAACAAAGACUUUCACCAACUGGUAAUAAUACAAUAGAAAGCUACUUAGACUUAAUCUACGGUCCAGUCUUAUCAGAAGAUACUAAUGAAAUUAAUAAUAUUGAUAGUAGCACAGAUAGUAGUGCUGAAGAUUCAGCAUCUAGCUCUG